AUGUCCCAGAGUGAGGAGGACCUGCGGGGCCACCUGGGGGCGCCGCAUGCCAAGGCGGCCUCCCGGAGUGAGGAGCGCACACAAAUGGUGGCGCGCCUUGCGAGCUUUGAGGCGGACGCGGGGGCAGCGGCCCACGGCAGCGCCCCGCCCGGAACUGCAGCGGCGAGGCAGCUGCUACUUGCGCGCAGCCUCAGCAGGAGCAAGUACAGCGGUGAGGGUGGUGCGGGUGCGUCGAGAGUGGGCAAUGCUGAGCCCAUGACCUUGGAUGCUGCGCGGGCUUUUGCGGUGCCGGCACCACGCCCGACGCGGGACCAUGCGGCGACCAAGGCCAUGAGGCACAGCCACAGCUGCAGUGGGCGCCCAGCCGGCGCCGCAGCUCGUGGGUGCCACACCAGCGGCUCCUCAGCGUCCCGCAACGCCGGCCUCAAGGCCGCUGUGUCCAGCGCUGUGCACGCGCGCCGCGUCCACUCGUGCGUGCACGUGGUCAGCCGCAGCGGCGACGCCAGCACUUGCUGCGCUGACAACGGCACCUGCCUGCACAACACGGGCGCGGCCAGUACAGCCGCCGGUGGCUGCGCCUCCAACAGCUGCACCACCAGCAGCAGCAGCAGCAGCCGCUCGGCGGCGAUGGGUGCGUCACCUCUGCGCGCCUGCGCCACCGCCACCAUCGCCAUCGUCGGCCGCGACAAGGGCAUUGGGGCCAAGCGCGGCCAGGGCAAGCCGGACGCGCGCACCCCGGCGCAGCGCCUCCAGGGCGCGCUGCACAAGCUGAACAAGGAGCGCAGGAAGGUGGCGGCGGCGCUCAAGGGGCUGCUGAGCGCUGCAUGA